UUCAGAUCUAAAAGGUAGCAAAAAGGGGCGAAAUUGAAAUUGAGUUUCCUUUGAUGGUACUUAGAAAAGAAAUUGUUUACCGGUGGUGGGAUCUGUUGGGUAGCGUGCAAUUGCAUCAUCUCUCAGUCAAGUCGUCUGUGGCCAUCCACAGAGACAGUUCCGUACCAUAGUUGAUACACCCAAUUGCUUAAACUUCAAUCUCGUCUCGUGAUUACAAGGGAUCCUCUCCUCUGGAGUUUGAACUCCGACCCAUUAUUGUCGUGGCAAGUUUUGAGUUUCUGAGUUUCAUUGUAGCUAAAUUAGGGUUCAUUUGGCUGUUCUUGAAUUGGAUCAGAUUUUGAUCGACCAUGCUGUCGAAUCAACUGCAAAAUGGGAUAGACAGAGCAAAGAUCAUGUGGUCUCGCCUCCCGAACGCCGAGGAAAAUGAGGACGACCAUGUCAGCUUCUUGAAGAAGACCGAUGGGGGUGGCGUCGAGAGCCUUGAUUACGAGGUCAUCGAGAAUUAUGCGUACUGGGAUGAGCAGGCGCAAAGAGGGAAGCUAUUUGUUGGGUACAGUGUGGCAGUUAAGUGGCUGUAUGCUUUGCUCAUUGGCAUUGGCACAGGAUUGGCUGCAGUUUUCAUAAAUAUGGCUGUUGAGAACUUUGCUGGCUGGAAAUUUUCGUUGACAUUUGCUCUAAUUCAAAAGUCAUAUGUGGCUGGUUUUAUAGUAUACUUAGCAAUCAACUUGGUUCUAGUAUUUUCAUCUGUGUUUAUCGUCACAAACUUUGCUCCUGCAGCAGCUGGAUCUGGCAUCCCUGAAAUCAAGGGUUAUUUGAAUGGAAUUGACAUUCACGGUGUCCUUUUCUUCAGAACCUUGAUUGGAAAGAUUUUUGGAAGCAUUGGUUCAGUGGGAGGUGGAUUGGCUUUAGGCAAAGAAGGGCCUCUUGUACAUACUGGUGCUUGUAUUGCUUCUUUGCUAGGACAAGGUGGAUCUGCUAAAUAUCAUCUAAAUUCCAGGUGGUUACAAGUGUUCAAGAGUGAUCGGGAUCGCCGAGAUCUUGUGACCUGUGGGUGCGCGGCAGGAGUUGCUGCUGCUUUUAGAGCUCCUGUUGGUGGUGUACUAUUUGCUUUGGAAGAAGUAACGUCUUGGUGGAAGAGUCAACUUUUGUGGCGUGUGUUCUUUACUUCUGCUGUGGUGGCUGUUGUGGUGCGUGCAGCUAUGGGAUGGUGUAAGAGUGGGAAGUGUGGACAUUUUGGUGCUGGGGGUUUCAUAAUAUGGGACAUAUCAGAUGGCCAAGAGGACUACUCUUUUGGGGAGUUGUUGCCUAUGACUGUGAUUGGGGUUAUUGGAGGCUUAUUAGGAGCAUUAUUUAACCAGCUUACUCUUUACAUGACUUAUUGGCGACGAAAUCAUUUGCACAAGAAGGGGAACCGAGUCAUGAUCAUCGAGGCUUGUCUCAUCUCACUACUAACAUCAAUUAUUUCCUUCGGACUACCACUUCUAAGGCAAUGUACUCCAUGCCCCAAACCUGAUCCUGAAUUGGGCAAUGAAUGCCCAAGGCCUCCUGGGAUGUAUGGGAAUUAUGUUAAUUUUUACUGCAGCAAGGACAAUGAAUACAAUGACCUUGCAACCAUUUUCUUCAACACAUAUGCUUUGUUGGGCGCUGCAUCUUUUCUAGGAGGUUCUAUGCGAAUGACAGUGUCUCUGUGUGUCAUCAUGGUUGAAAUUUCAAACAACUUGAAAUUUUUACCCCUCAUCAUGCUUGUCCUUCUGAUUUCCAAGGCUGUUGGUGAUGCCUUUAAUGAAGGCCUAUAUGAAGAGCAGGCUCAAUUGAAGGGUAUUCCAUUACUGGAAUCAAGACCAAAGUACCAGAUGCGGAAAAUUACAGCAAAGGAGGCCUGUGGAAAAAGGGUUGUCUCCUUCCCCCGUGUUGUUAAGGUUGCUGAUGUUGUUUCUAUUUUGCGGAGCAACAGACAUAAUGGCUUUCCUGUGAUUGAUUACUCUCGGAAUGGCGAAACACGUGUCAUCGGACUAAUGCUUCGAAGUUAUUUGUUAGGACUUUUACAGUCUAAAGUAGAUUUUCAGCACAGUCCCUUGCCUUCGGAUCCAAGAGGAUCCAUACCAAGCAGGCACAAUUUUAGUGAAUUUGUGAAACCCGCUUCCAGUAAAGGAAUUUCUAUUGAUGAUAUACACAUCAGUUCAGAGGACAUGGAAAUGUACAUCGAUCUACUCCCAUAUCUGAAUCCAUCUCCAUAUAUUGUCCCAGAAGACAUGUCUUUGACAAAGGUAUAUAAUCUUUUCCGGCAACUAGGUCUGAGACAUGCAUUCGUCGUUCCCCGUCCAUCAAAUGUGGUCGGUUUGAUAACUCGAAAGGAUUUGUUGAUAGAGGAUGGCGAAGAUUCGGAUGCAAUGGAACUACAAUCGACUAGUGUAAGAGCUCGGCGUCCAGAUAGAAGAAUAGUUACAAGGAAUGGGGAUGUGGAGAGGCCUCUUCUGAACGGACUUCUGGUCAAUAACUAACCGAGACGGCUGAAAGAUAGUAGCGUCGGAGGAAGAUGGUGAGAUUACUUACUUCUAUUAUGGUUUCUUCUUCAUUUCCCCAUUAGGAACAUAAUUCUUUAUUGUUUGCGGGCUGGGAAUUGGGAUUCCUAGCUGAAGCAGAGUUGUAUCAUAACAUGUAAAGAUAGAAAGUUGGGAAAGGCAGGUUUUUGGGAGGAUUGUAGAGUUGCUGCUUAGUUUAUUUUUGUUUAACAUUAUAUUAAUUAUUAUAUAAUUAUAUACCCUGUUAGUACCGUACCCCGUUA